AUGGGAGAAGCUAAUCUGGUGCUGAAACAGAAAUGUUUGUACGAUGGUGAGAGUGGAAACACAGAGGGCCAGCACCACGGUCUGCAGCAUGGUGCAGUGCCAGCAGAGCUGCCCCCUUCACACCUGGAAAUAGUGCAGCUGGCUGAGAAAGAGGGUACAUUACCCUUCAAAGAGAGUGCAGAAGGAGGAAGAGUGAUUGUAGAAGUUGAUGACAAAGUGGCAAAAGUCAGAAAUAUAAAGGUUGACAGUAGACUUGAUAGCCCUUGGGAUUCAAGAGAAAAGACUGUGGCCUUCAGCUUUGAUUACUGCUACUGGUCAGCUGAUCCUGAAGAUCCGAAAUAUGCAUCUCAGGAAAUGGUGUUCCAGGACCUUGGCACUUCUGUGUUGUCAGGUGCAUUUAAAGGAUACAACAUCUGCCUCUUUGCAUAUGGACAGACGGGUUCAGGAAAAACUUACACAAUGAUGGGAACACCCGCAUCCGUUGGGUUGACUCCACGUAUAUGUGAGGGCCUCUUUUCAAGGAAGGAUGAUUACUCAGACCAGACAGCAUCUUGCAGAGUAAAGGUCAGUUUUCUUGAAAUCUAUAAUGAGCGUGUCCGAGAUUUGUUAAAACAAUCAGACCGAAAGAAACCUUACACGCUUCGAGUCCGAGAACACCCUGAAACUGGACCGUAUGUACAAGGAUUGACUCAACACUUAGUUUCUGACUACAAGCAAGUGGUAGAACUUCUAGAAGAAGGAAUAGCUAAAAGAAUCACAGCAGCUACGCACAUUCACAAUGCCAGCAGCAGAUCCCAUGCAAUCUUCACCAUCCAUUACACUCAGGCAAUAUUGGAGAACAAUCUCCCCUCUGAAAUUGCAAGCAAGAUCAACUUGGUGGACCUUGCAGGCAGCGAACGAGCUGACCCCAGUUACUGUAAAGAUCGAAUUACCGAAGGUGCCAAUAUUAACAAGUCAUUAGUUACACUUGGAAUUGUCAUCUCCACUUUAGCACAAAAUUCACAGAUGUUCAGCAGCUGCCAAAGCAUAAACACCUUAACAAGCGAAGGGGAGAGCAGUCACACGGACAGUCCUUCCACAGGCAGCGUCAGUGGGACCAGGCGACCGGCUUACAUCCCGUACCGUGACUCCAUCCUCACCUGGCUUCUGAAGGACAGCCUGGGGGGCAACUCCAAGACCAUUAUGAUUGCCACUAUCUCUCCUGCAAGCUCCAGCUACAACGAGACCAUGAGUACCCUGAGAUACGCCUCAAAUGCCAAAAAUAUUAUUAACAAGCCCAGAGUGAAUGAGGAUGCAAAUGUAAAACUGAUCAGAGAACUGCGAGAAGAAAUUGAUAGGCUGAAAACUAUGCUGAUGAGCUUUGAACUGAGGAAUUCCAGUCCUUCUUGGAGUGAUGACAGAGAUGGAAAUCUGACCGAGCUGGUUCUUCAGAAUGAAAUGAAGAUUGAGCAGUUGACCAAAGACUGGACAAGUAAGUGGACAGACAGGAAAGCCAUCAUGGAAGAAUACAGUGUGGACAUCAACAAAGAAAAAGCUGGAGUAACGAUAGAUUCUAAUUUACCUCAUCUAAUGGCCAUGGAUGAUGAUAUCCUCAGCACAGGUGUGGUGCUGUAUCAUCUCAGGGAAGGAACAACCAAAAUUGGAAGAAGCGAUUCAGACGAAGAUCAAGACAUUGUUUUGCAGGGACGGUGGAUUGAAAAGGAUCAUUGUAUGAUAGACAACACCUGUGGAAUUGUGACACUGCGACCUGUUCAGGGCGCACACUGCACUGUGAAUGGCUGCAAAGUGAUUGGAUCUUGUCGUCUGUCACAAGGGGCUCUUGUUGUCCUUGGCAAGUCACACAAGUUUAGAUUCAAUCACCCAGCAGAAGCUGCUAUCUUGAGACAAAGAAGAUCAAUUAAUGAAGUCCCACCCAGCCUGAGUUGUGGAGCUUUGGACUGGCUCAGCUUGGCUGGAAGUUCCACCCAUUCUCCACACUAUAUCCUUUCUUCUCUUGAAAAUCCAAAUUGUAGAAACUGUAAAGAAAACAAAUCUUCUCCUGCACGAAGCAGAGAAAUAGAUGCUGUGCAUGAGGAGUAUGAGCAGAAACUGAGAGACCAGGAGGCCUUCCACAGAAAACAAAUUCAACGGCAGCAGCUCUAUGUUGAGGAUUUAAAGCAGCAGAUCCUGAGAGGACAGAUCAAAGCAGAGCAGGAGCUAGAAAAUGACCAAGCGCUAAUCGACCAGCAGAUCCAAGAAAACCAGCAGUGGCUUAUAAAUGAGAAUAAACGACUGGCUGCCCUUCAGCAACAGCAAAGGGAGUUUGCAGUGCAAACAGAGUCCACGUUGUAUGCAGAGGCUGAGGUACAGAGUACCAUCGGGCUGGAAAUCUGCCCUUCCCUGCUACAGCAGAACAAGAAGAGACUGGUGCAGCUGGAGCUCUUGCGAAGAUACUCCCUAAAAAAAGCAGAAAGAAACAUAAGGCGGAAGAAGGUCAAAUUCCAGCUAGAAAGGAUAGUCAAGAAGCAGAAAUUACUGGAAGCCAAGCAGAACCUAGAGCAGCUGGAAGCUAGCUGCUGUCUCAGUGAAGAGUGUGUGAAACAGUCCCAAGUCCUAAAUGAAAAUACUGCUGUACGGUCCUCUUCGGAUCACCAGUUGCAAAAGAGAAGGAAGUCAUUGGAUUCAAGUUCCUUGCAGCACAGGCAACAUUUGUUGUGUAGCCCACAUCUGUCCCAGGUACCCAGCUGUUUGUUGAAGAGGGAGACCGUACCAAAGUUAUCUACCUCACCAAAUACUGAUCAAUGCUGUGAAGAAAGUACAACAGAGAGGUUGUCAUCUGUAGAGUAUCUUUACAAAAGAGGUAAAGAUGUUUCUGGGAUUGAUGACAUUACUGAUGAAAAAGGCAUCUCCUUUUCCAUCCAGAGGCAGCUAACUGAAAAACAAAGAACAUCUUCAUUUGGAAAUACAAAAGGAGUGGGAAAAGACUCUAAUGAUUCAGCUGUCAUGGCUUAUAUCAAUAAAGAUGGUAAAAAAAUUGAAAAGUUGGAUGACAACCCAGGGCAAACUGGAUCUCCAAACCAGACCUCGAAAGGCUCCUCUCCUGAUCUUUUUAAGGAGAAAGAUGAGCCUGAAACCUUUAUUACAGGGUCAAGAAUGACAAAAGUCAAGGUGCUAGGAGAUUUAAGUCAACCUUCAAGUAGCAAUCUAGAACAAAGCAGAGCUCAGGUUUCCAAUAAAAAGACUAGAAUGGAUAUCAAUGGAAAAGGCCAUAAGUCUUCUCCAGAAAAGUUUCCUAAAGAAAUGAAGAAAACAGUGUAUGGAAAUGCACAGUCAGUGCAGCUAAACCAAACAGCCAAGAACUGGAAGAGAGAGCCAAACUCAGCCUUACCAAGCCGUGAGAAAUCAUCCGCGGAACAGCAAGAAUUUCUGAUGGUGGCAACAUCAGUAGGAAAUCUCACUAAGGUGAACACUCAGUCACCACUCUCUUACGUUGAAAAAAAGUGGCACAGUGCUGAGAUGCUAAAUGCUGGAGUGUCCAAAACAGCUACGGAUGUCCUGGGGAACUGGCAAGAGGAUGAGGAAAAUGAGAUUUCUGAUACUGACAGUUCCUAUUCUGUAGAUUCUCUCUCCUGCGCUUAUGCAAAAGCUUUCACAGAGAAACCGAAACAAGAUUUUGACAGAAAUAAAUGCCUUGCCAACCCAGAGGACUCUGAGAGCGAUGACAGUCAAAUGUCACAAGACUCUCUGGCAGAAAAGGAAAAUAAGGCCAAAAAGCAAAAUAAAAGCCCAUUUCAUGAGUCAAAGGCCCACCACGAACCAACUAAGCUUUACCAAAGCAGAACUGAUCACCAUACUUCAUCUUUGUUGACAUCAUAUGCAUCUCAUAGGAGACUGGGAAAGCCUGAAAGAAGCUUUUCUCUGGACAGCUUAGCUGAUGGAGAAGAGAUGCCAGCAGAAGAUCUGGUAGAAGAAUCCAAAUCUGAUUCAUCUGAUGAAGUGCCAGCAGAGAUUUUUUGGAAGUUACAAACACCUAGAUCGCCAGCUAUACAGACUGAGGAGCACCAUGAGUUCAGGGCCUGUGACAGAGAUACAGAAAGGACAAACUGUGGUCUGAAGCUGAGCAGUUCCUUUUAUUUGGACACCAAACCACAUCCCGCUUCCAGUAAUGCUUGCAGGCAGUUGCUGAAGGGGACCGAAGUCUCCUUUGUAGAACAAGAAAGAUCUCUUGACAGAAGACUGUAUUACUCAAGCAGAAAUCCUUUGCUUGCUACUGAUGCUUGGUCUUCCUGUGAGUUGAAGGUUGACAUCAGCAGUCCCAGAGUAAUAGCACCUUCUUCCCAUGAAAAUGUGGAGUUUCAAGAAGCUCAUCUGUGCUCUUCAAGCAAACCAGGGCUUUGGCUGAAGAAGGAUGAUCUAAAGCAGUCAGCUGCUGAAGUUUCUUUUGUUUCUGGCUCUAAGCAGAUACACAGCAUUACUCGUUCAUCACAUCACAUAGGCAAAAUAAACACAGUUGUGUCCUCUGGCGCCUCAGAAGUACCGUUACCUGAAACAACAACAACUGCAAGCAGAGUUUCUGAGAGUGGAUCAUUAAAUAAGAUUCUUAAGGGAUGGACAAACUCUAGUGAAAAUUUUUCUUUGGAAUCUCAAGAUGCAAUGUCCUCAUUUGUCAGCUCAGUAGGACCAAGCUCCUCUUUUGUUCCUGUUUCAGCAAAGCAUGAUUAUUAUGAACGUUCAAGGUCAAAUCAUCCUGAACAAGAACAACUAAAUGAAUUAUCUACUUAUAGGUCUACCACUGAAUGGACACAAAUAUUCAGUUGUUUGGAAAGCGCCUCCACCACAGACCACUUGUCACUGGUAUCUAGGAAAGGGGAGGAUUCUCUCCCCCUGAGUCACCCAGAGCUGCCGAAAGAUCUGCAAAAAACACCUUCUAUUUCUGUGUUGCCUGUGCAAAUUUUGGAGCAGAGAAAUGGCUGUGUAGAUGCAGAUUUAGAAGAUGAUUUCUUCAGAAUGUUUGAAAAAGAUGACCUCAGUGACCACAAUAACUUGAUGACAGAAUCAAGCCUGACAGAUUCAGGCAGAGGAAGUGCCUCUGUCAGUGCACCUGCUGCCGAAUCUUCUGCAGAACUUGCUCAUAAUAUGACCUCAACAGAGACAUCUGCACUAAAACAGGCCCAAUUUGGAAAUCACGUGCAGCUUUUUCCAAGGAGGGAAAUACCAGCAUGUUGUGAUGAAGGUUUCUUUCUCAGUGACCUAACAGAUAAGAACUGCUCUUUAGUAACUAAUUACGAGCUUCAGACAUUGGCCGGACAAGGAGCAGAAUCAAUUGUUACUGUAGGUCUUCUCAGAUCUGGGGAGAGUAACUUGGAAACAAUGCAAGAAACAGAUUACAGACAAGUACCUGCAGAAGAAAUAGCGGAGAUGGAUUUUUCUUCACAGAAGACAAUGUAUCGAUGUAACCCUUUAAUUGAUGCUCACAGUGUGAGUUACGACCAAUCUGCAACACCAAUAGAGAUGUCUCAAAAAGAGGCUGCUGUCUGUAUGGAAAUAAGCACAGAUAGCUUGGCAGAGAUUGUGCCAGAGGUGCCUUCAUUCAGAGAUGAUGAAGAACCCGAACCAAAGGAUAAAGACUUGUCUUCACUGAAUUGUUAUGAAUUCAAAAGCAAACCUCUUUCAAAACAUUAUUCCUACGAAUGUGAUCCAGCAGACAGUCAGGCAAGUUGCUUAUCCGCGCAAAUUUCAGAAAAUUCUACAUUAUGCAUUGAUAACAUAAGAGAAGAAAGCAGUGAAAGCAAAGAACACAAUGUCUUGAAUUCUCAGGCCAUAGUUCAGAAAGAAUUUUCAUCCAAACAUGAAAACUUAGCGGUAAAUGAAGUAAGUUAUCUCAUAGUGGAUGCAGAUGGGAAAGACACUGCUGCUGUUUGUGACAGUACAAAUGACCUUCUCCCAGAAUCCAGUUCAAGCAUAUUUUACAAAUCUUCAGCAAAGGCUAACCUUUUUCAAAGUGCGUCUGAGUCUGAAAAUGGUGAUAAACUAUUGGAGCAUGUCACGAGAGCGAAAGGAGAUUGCGAUGCUACCUCUAAUCUUACUGUAGAAGUCAGUGCCACAGAAAGUUGUUCUGAUGCACAUUCUGGCUGCCUCUGCACAAUGUGCUCUUCAAAAUCAAUGGGGCAGAAGAACCGUACACAUAAGACGACCAAUAUUUCUGUGGAAUUUGAUGCAACCAUUCUCUUGGAAACACGAAUGCAGAACAAAUCUUUACUUGAAUCAAGAGAGGAAGAGGAAGAGUUUUUUGAAAGUGAUUGCCCAGAUAAUAUCUUGCCUGUUGAAGAUAGUGUAAAUUCAGAGUCAGGAAGAGUAUUUGAAUGCAGUACAAAUACAUCAGCGUCUGUUUCUCAAGAGGAGAGUCUGUACAUAAAUAAAGAGUCCAAGUUUUUAAGAAACCCAGAAACUGAUCCAAAAGAAACUAUGGCUCCUUAUCAGAAUACAAAAGCAGACACUGAUGAACAAAUAACAGAAUUGAUCAAUAAUGCAAUCAACUUAGAAAAAAAUGGAUUGGAAAAUAAAUCCAGACAGGUUGAAAGCUUACCUGACUACGAAGCAGCCCAAGUCCAAAGUGUAACUGAAGACAGGAGUAGAGAGGAUUUUAAAGGCAUUAGUUGGUCUCAGAAUCCAAAGAAACCUAUUGAUAGCGUAGCUUGUGAAAUGAAGGGUGAGUUUUACGCAAAUCUGUGCCUGACGUGCGAAGAGGGGGAGAAGGAUGAACUGCAGGUAGCCAGCACCAGGGUAGAACACGCUCAGGAAUUGAAAGCACUCAUGCAUUCUGGCAGUCGACUUGAAACAAGCAGCUUUUGCCAAAAAGAAAAAAAUGAGAAAAUAGAAAUCGGUAUUUAUUCACUAGAGUUUCCUGUGGCUCCCCAAACCUCUCCAUCGGCAGUGUGUUCUCACACACCAAAUGCUACUCAGAAUUUUUCCAGCUUCAUUGAUACUUGUGAGGGGCUUUUACAGAUGAACAGAACAACAGAAAAUGUGUAUAGUACAGAGGAUGUAGCUGCCACAGCGCUAAUCACAAGUGAGCAAGGAAAUACAUUAGCAAAAUCUGAAAAUGAAGGACAAGUAAAUUUCAGCAAUUUAAUUGAACAUUGUCUACCAAACCAUUUGCCUCGGGAAGACAAGGUUGGUGAAAGUGAAGUGACUGGGAAUGAAGAGCCAAUUAUCAUGACCAAAACUGAGGGGCCGAUGAUUACAACGCAAGAAGUAAUAUGUGCAGAUGAAAAUAUUUCAUUUACUGAAGAGCCUCCAGCUCUAGAUCAGGUGUGUGGUGAGAGAGAUGAUGAAGAGGAAAUUUUAAAUCAACAUAAGAUCCCUGAAAGAUACCUGACAGCUUCAGGACUAGAACAGAAUAUACUGUUAGAAGAUGAUUCAAGAUACAAUGAUCCUACUGAAAUGAGUGAAGAUGAUGGCUUGGUGGCCUCUGUUACAGAUGCAAGAAAUGUAGUCAUGAGUGAUAUCGAUGCAUGUCAAUAUUCAGCUGAUGAUAGUACUGGUAUUGACCAACAUGGAGCUGAACAAGAAAUUAAAAGUCUCCACAUUAAAGAGGACAGCCAUACGUACAUGAGUUGCUCUAUGCAAUAUCCUGAGCGUGGCACUUCAGAAAGCUUGAAUGUAAGUACUGUUAGAAAAAGACUUGAUAUUUGUGAAUUCGAUCCAGUACGCUCCAGUGCUGAGGAGGAGAAAGCACAUUUGAUGAGUCUACUACAAAUGACCAAAGACAAAGAAAAGCAGGUGUUUGUAGAAAACAUGGAGGAAGUAGAAGUGAUCGUUUUACAAAACCUGGAUGAACUAUUUCCUGAAAACAAAGGCAGCUGCCAAAUGACACAUAAUGACAGCAGAUUAAAUGAAAUCCUAAGAGAAAGCCAGUGGGUGUCUACGAGUUUUUCUAACAAUGAAGAGAUCAACAAGCAACGAAAUCCACCAGCAACACUGAAGUCUGCUGAAAAAAACCAAGAAGGUUCACUUAAAGUUGCUCCAUGCCAGUCUGUAAAUCAACUUUUAUACCCUGGAGUAAGUGACGAUUCCCAUCUUCUUCAAGAUGUUCCUACUGCAUUGAAAGAACUGUCUAACAGCAGUGUCAGGACUGGAGCUGUUCUGCCUUACUAUGAAACGUUAAUGGAGAGUGAGGUCUGUGUUGGUGUGCCUGUUAAAAUCAACAAAAUGGGAGAAGACAGAUACCUUUCUGAUAAAACACAAAGUAAGAACGUCGCUUUUCAGCAAACCAGGGUCACGCAGGACUGGCAGGAGGAAGAAUCCUUUGUAUUUAAAAACAUGCCUGGUUGUGCUGUAUCUGGGCAACCUGUUGAUGAGAACAGCUCUUCCACUCCCUACAGUGCAGGUGGUUCCGAGUCCAAACCUGUUGUGCUUCAGCAAAGGGCCAAAGGAGAAUCAUUUUCCUUGGAAAAAUUAGAUUCUUCUGAAGAUACAAUUCAGGAUGCUAACAACAGUUGUGAAGAACACAGUAUGGAUUUAAUGGCUAAUAAUCUAUCAAAAGACUGCCUUAUUUCCAUUGAAGAUACAACUCAAGAGGAAAAGGGUACCACUGUGUCUAAUUCACUGCUCUUGGGUGAUUCAAACCUACUGCCUUCAUCAGAGAAAGAAGUGAUGGAAGAUACAGGGAGGCAGCAAAUACACUCUUUACUAGAAAUCUCUUUGCAAAAAAUGUUUCCCAGUAUUAACACAACUCAGAAAGUACUUCGCUCAGGGAGUUUAUCACAGCGUGACGAGAAGGAGAAAUUUUUAAGCACAAGCUAUACUGCAACAGCGAACAGUAAAAAUGAAAGUGCAAAAUUUCCAGGUGUAGCUGGAUAUCAGUGUGAGCCCAGAGAAAAUCAAGUACAUAGGACUUCUGAGGAGAGCUGCAUAGACCAGCCAGGCAGCACUGUUUCUGAGAAUGCUUCACCCCUUUCAGAAGGCCUCAGCAAGUCUCCAUGGGAAAAUCCACAUUAUAGUAAAGAGUUUCUAAAUUAUAGUAGGAACUCAGGCACUUCUGAAUGUUCUUCUGGUCUCCUGAAUCAUCCAGCAUCAUCUGCAGAUGUUUUGAUUGCCAGCAAGAGAGACAAUGCUAACAACGAUGCUGUUCUCUCUGAGGAAAUGAAAUACUUUGAAAGUGAAUCAACUGAUUUAAGUGUAUCUGUAACUUUUCCUAAUGUUUCUCUAAAAGGAGAUGAAAGGAAAAAGAAUUCUGCAGUUGCAGAGGCCACGUAUGCUCAGAAUAACAAACUUCCUGAAAAAGUUGUGGGAACAGAUCAAAAGGAGAAAAUAAUUCAAGGUUCUUUCCAGAAUUGCAAUGACAUGAAAGAAGAUGAAAUUCACAAGUUCUCCGAACACUACAGUAACACUUCUAGUGUGACUGUACCAGAACUGGGCACGCUUACCUUUGAGAGCCAAAGACAGACUGGCAGUAAUCAAUUAAAGUCUCUUCCAUGCUACUUUGCAGAAGCUGCUCCAGCUGAGACACCAUUUCAAAGCUUCACUGCUUUUGAUGUGUCUUGUUUGCCCGAUGGCUCAAAGUCUCUAAUAUGUAGACAGCUUGAGGACUCACUUCAAGACACGUUUUUGACUGAGCAGGUGUCCUCCCAUUCUGCAGACGUGCACUCUGCCAAAGGAGGAGAUUUUCCCCAAGUGUUUGCAAGUGUCACUCACCCAUCCUUAAGACCAUUUUCAGCAUCUUCUUUAGCUGAAGAUACGGGCCGUGGUGAAACUGGCACAUACGAUAUUUCACAUACAGGUAUAUUGAACCACUCUCCAGUUGCUGUUUUGCAAAUACAAGACACUCAGUCUGAUAAGGCUGUGGUGUUCGAUGAGCCCAUACGUGCUUCAGGAAGUAUUUUACUUUCACUUGCAAAAGAGAACAGGCAUUGUCCAGUAUCAGACACAGACUCUACUUCAUAUAAAAAUUCUGCUCUAGAUAGGGAACCUGUAUAUGAAAGUAAUCGUAAAGAAUUUGACAACGAUGUAAAAGUUGAUCAGCACUACUGGGGUAAAGUUCCACCACAAGAAGCUUGCACUGAACACACAGAGAAUGAUAAUUGUCUUUUAUUGCCAUCACUACCUUUUUGGAAAACUGGCAGGGCAAUUCUUGUUAAAGAGGGUCAAAAGAGAAAAAUGCUUAAUGGAAAUGAGCAAGAGCUGCAUUCAAAUACUGAGUCUGAACAUUUCGCCGUAACGACAGAGCAGAGAAAAACAUUAAGUAGUGAAUCUGUUGAAAAACAAACUAACGUAUCCUCAAAUUCUGUAAAUGAAUUAAUAGGCUCAGAAGUUAGGGUGUUGGCAAACCUGUAUCCAGGAGGUGUAGAUGUGGAUCCUGAAUGUGCCCGCAGUUCAUUUAGUCCAACAUAUCCCACACACAGCAGAAGCACGGAUCCCAGACGGCUGUAUCACACUGUCUCGGGUUUUGAAAAAGGCCCUGAAGAUCUGCAAGGUAGUCAGUUUGUGCCCGCAGGUGAACAGAUAGAACAGGUGCCAGAUAGAGUAAAUAAAGAUGGUAGAAAAGAGAUUUUACUUUGCAAAAAUGAUGGAGGUUCAAGCACUGAUGGCCCUGCUGUUGAUGCUGAUGCAGGCAGUUGUUCAACAGUGGGAGACGCUAUAAUGAGGAAUAAGACCCUGAAAUCAGAAAGACUAAAGUUUUCUGUAAUAUAUAAUGAAGGUACCUCCAUAAAGUUUUUACCAGAAAACUGUGAUUUGCCCCCUGAAGAAUCCAAAUUGAUGCAACUCGGGAGCAAAAGACCAUACUUUACUACACGGAAUACAAAGAGCUGUAAACGAAGUGAACACGGACCUUAUUUACAAAGUCACAGACUGUCAGCCCCAGCUAUUGCUAUCUUCUCUGACACAGAGUGCACUUUGGAGGCUUCAUCUAAGGCAGAUCCUUUGUUAUAUUUUGCAUCUAAAUCACUACAAGAUUUAAAUAUGAGUGUAGAACCUCCAUCACCAACUGAAGAUGAUCUUUACGGGAUAGAAAGAUUUUCAAAGCAGGAGUCAAAAAGCUUUCUACAGGUUAAAUUGGAACCCAGAUCGCAGCAGAGAUUGACACCCACUAAGAAGCUUGCAAACUGUGAUCUCCAAAAUUUACAAAACUUUGCAGCAAGAACCCAAAGCAGCCAGUCUUUAAAAGACUCUGUUACUCAGUCUCCCUCAUCCUUACUGCACACAGCUCGCAGUUCUGUGAGUGCAGAAGCAAACGUUGGUUCUGUAGCUCAGUGCAGUGAAGGGAAGGUUGAAGAAGCUGGAUGCCAGCCAGAAACAGAUUUAUUUUUGCAAGACAGUAAAGAUACAAUGCAUUUUAGUUCAAGUGAUAUCAACCCAUAUAUUCAUCCAUGGCAGAGAGAUGUAUCGUGCAAGAUUGGAUGGAAACAGUAUGUUUUUGGAAGUGCAAGUGAUGUCUCUUGCAAUCAAAUUCCUUUAAACCUGGAAAAUCGUAAAGUUAUGAGAUGUUCCAGUGUAGACAAUGGACUGAACUCUCAGAAUUCUCCUUUUCAUUCUCAUCUUAGUUCAUAUGCCACAGCAAAAGUUUUAUCAAGCACCUUAAGCAGCCUUGAAGGUCUUCAAGGAUGGGACAGUGUCAGACAAGACUUUCGGUCUGCAUACUCAGGUGCAUACUCAAGUACCAAGCAAUGUAGCAACGUAUCCAGUGAAACGAUGAGAACUAAUCCCGAAAAUAACACUGUUGAAUUUGAGAAUCCUUCUGUACAACCUGGUAACUCCACAGUGCAGGUUGAUGAAAUUGUACUAUUAUAUCCUUCUGAGUCGGAAAGGUCUUCCAAAAAACUACCAGGGAUCACAUGUGAGCAGGGAACACAAACAAUAACUACAGGAAGGUAUAAAAGGCAGAGAAGACAUCAGAGAAGCUACACGGAUGUUUCUGCAAGAAAGCAGGAAACAAACAGAGAUUUAUUUCAUCAACCUUCUUCUUGGACAAGCAUGCAGAACCUGUCCAUGCACCUAUCACAGCUUCUCCAGAACACUUCUGAGCUGUUGGGAAACCUUUCCCAACAGAGUGUCUUAGAUAAUGAGCAGAAUGCCAAAAUCAACCAAAGAGGAACUGAAGAGGCUGUAAAGGCUACUAGGACAGAUAGCUGCACGCAGACUACAGCAGAUGUAGGCACUCAGACAGAGAUUUUGGAAGAAUCUCCAAGCAAACAUGAAGAGAAAACAGUGGAUGCAAAAAUAGGAAGUGAAUUGAGAGCAGCUCAGGCAGUAAAUGUUGAUUGGAAAGGAAUAGGUGCCGAUGCAGCAGGUAAGAUUCCCAAAAGGAAAGAGGAAACAUUCCCUGUUGAAGGAAGAACACAAGAACAAACAGGGAUGAGAAAUCCAGGCAGUCUUGACUUCCAUGACAGUCUUGACAGCAUUUUGGAAGACUCCUUUAUGCGUCUGCCUCCCUUGCCCAGAACUUCCACCACUAUCUUAGAUUUUCAGAAAACAUUAAUUGCACAACAGCACAAUGUUGCUUUUGCUGGUACCGGAGUUUCAUCUGUCACAUCAUCGUUGCUGAGUUCAGGGCAAGACAGUUCUUCAUGCACUGUAGUCAGCAGCCCUACUAAUGGCACCUCUCAAUCUCCGGCAUCUUACGUGCAGGAUAAAAGAAGCGUCAGUGAACUAGAGGUUCCAUUGGAAAGAAAAUUUUAUUACAAAAACACCCUGCUAGUUGAUAGGGCCUCUUCUCCUAUUCUUACUCUUAGUGCUAGUCCCAGCAGCCAGACUGCUUCUAGCAAGUCUACCUGCCCUGGUAAGGAGCCUCCUGGAUGUCCCAGUGGUUCUUUGAGUCCCCCUCACAGCCAGAGAAAGCAAAGGGCUGGUCCACAGUCCAGCACGCAACCUCAUGUGGACAAUUUUUCACAGACAGAACCAGACGGUGAAUCUAGAGCUUCUAGAGAAUACAAGGGCAUAAGAAAGAAGUCUGGAAGUUUCUCAGAGAAGAAAGAAACUUUAGGACAGGAUGGUUCAAAAGACUUAGAACAAGAGCGUAGACUCACGGGUGACACCCACGCUACCGUUGGCGUGAAACGACUGUAUCACUCCAGUAGCAUGUUGGAGGUGUCAGGCCACAGGGAAGGUUUAACAGGUGAUUUCGGAGAGCAUGGUUCACCGGCACCUUUGCUUCGUUGUACAUGUGUCAUGAGGGAAGGAAGGGCUUCUUCAGCUGGAAUUGGACACAAGAAAUACGUUGGUAAUUCUGAUACUGCUUUGGUUCAUAACUACUUGCCUCCAAACGCUGACAUACAUUUUAAUCAAAAAAUGAGUGCUGCUUGUUCAAGUAAGACAAAUAAGGGCAAGUCCUCAGAAUCUCUGGUAGACGCAUCUUCUCUACAAUUUCAAGAUUUCUUUUGGAAAAACAAGAGCUGCCCUCCCCUGCUCUCUGAUGUGAGCGAUGUGCAAACUUCUUUCCAAGAUGACAAUACAGAUUCUGUCACUGAAAGUGAAUGCAACACUGAAAUUCCACUCAACAAAAAUACUACUUUUGCGAAGCCUUACAGGCCUCGGAGCUACAGUCUCCGUGACUUACCCGUACACAAUAAAUUCAGCAACUGGUGCGGUGUUAAGGGCAGCCCUUCUCCUUCCUUACUCAGCUUGAGUGGCAGCGUGACCGACUUACCAAAUCAGGCCGAAAAAACCCCAAGGAGCACGCGAGCGACCGAAAUGGAAGGGAAAUCCCAGCUUUGUGACAGCAGGAGCAGGGAGAUCGAGAGACUUCAGAGAGAGCGGGCUCAGAUCAUGUCUGGCGUUCACCUGGAUCUGCAUCAGCACCCCCUCACCGUGGAACUGGCCGAAGCCAAGCUCAAUCACGGCAUCGGGGAAACAGACGCUCUGCUGAGGGUCCUCCAGAGCGGAACCACAGAUGACCUGGUGGCCAUCCCAGUGAAGCAGCAACUUUAUGAAAGACACAUGAGGGCUAUUGAAACUCUGAGGAAGGAAAGAGAAAAAAGGCUGCAAAGAUACCAAAGAAGCCGAAGUCUGAGUCCUCAAAAGCAUUUCAGUGUGUUGCAGACGCUGGAUGCAAAUCAGAGGGAUCCCGAUCUCCCCAGCAGACGCCGAGAAUAUCUGCAACAGCUGAGAAGAGAUGUUGUGGAAAAUACCAGAGUUCAAGAACCAAAAAGAAGGAGCAUUCAGCAUCCCUCAGACAUUGAACUGUUGCUCCGAGACUACCAGAGGGCACGAGAGGAAACUAAAACUGAAAUUGCACGAGCUAGGGACAAGCUGAGGGAGAGAGCUGAGCAAGAGAAGAGACGUAUACGGGAGCAAAUAUUCUCUCAGCUACAGAAGGAAGAAGCAAGGCUGAAGACUCUGGCAAGUACAAGCACUUUAUGUACGGACUCCAGCCUCAGCCUCUCCUCCGGCCCAUCGUCUGGUUACAACAGCAGUAAUACCGCUACGUACACCGCGAGUAACCUCAGCAGCCAGGAAGGACAGGUUUCUUCUGGAAAUGCUUUGCUUUCAAGAGAUACACGAGGUCGUUCAGCUAUUAGAAACAGUCAGCUUUACGUGUUAGAGCAGCUACAGCAGGAUUCAGCAUUUGAAGCCAGCAGAAUUCAGCCACCCCUUCCUUCUAGUAGCAUCAGCUGUAGGUUCACCCAUGGAUUAACUAUUUCCGUCAACUCCGCUUCAGCAAAAGGAUACCAAGAUUUAUCCAAACAUAUCUUGGCUAAUGCUACCACUGAGGUAAUGGCAGCAUGCUCUCAGAACCUGAGGAAUCUCUACACACGCCAAGCAGCAGCUGGUUGGAAGUAUCAGUGCACAGAAAAAGAGGUGCUGGUUUACUACAAAGUCUUCCCUUCAGCCACGAAGCAUGGCUUUCUGGGAGCAGGAGUGAUAGAAAGACCUCUUCCCUGCGUCUGGGGGCUGGUGAGGGAUCCCGGCAAAAGGCACCUGUACGACAGAACCAUCAACACCGCUCGCGUGCACAGGAAGGUCACCAGCCACAUCCAGCUGGUGUAUUUGGUGACCGAUAGCUCCCUGUGUUACCUAAAGCAACCCCGGGAUUUUUGCUGCAUCACUGUUGAAGCCAAAGAGGAGAACUUGUCUGUCCUGGCCGUUCAGUCUGUCUACGACGCAUCCAUGCCUCACCCUUGUAAAGAAGUCGUGAGAGGGGAGAUUUUGCCAAGUGCUUGGAUACUGGAACCUGACGUAGUGGACGGAAGGGAUAUCACCAGGGUUAUUUACAUGGCACAGGUGGAUCUCGGUGCCCCAGCUGUCCCUGCUCGGCUCCUGAGUUCCAUGGCCAAGCGGCAGCCCCUGGUCAUCGCCCGCCUGGCGCACUUUCUGGCCAGUUAG